AUGUUCUCCCGGAUUAGUUAUCCGUACGUCUGGCUCUGUUGUGGCUUUGCAGCUUUAGGUGCUUGUCUGUAUGGCUACGAGGGCGUUUACUUUACCGGGGUAUCGACUCUUGAUGUCUUUGUACGCGAUUUUGGCACACCGGUGUCUGGUGCCGAAGGCAAAUAUGAGAUCUCCCCUUCCAACUUGGCCGUCAUGACAAGCAUGAUCAAUGUGGGAGAGUUGGUGGGAUCACUGCUGGCAGCUCCCAUCAACGAUCUCUUCGGCCGAAAAGGAGCUUUCAUGUCCGGCUCCAUCGCUGUCAUUGUCGGUGUUGUAAUGCAACUUUCCACCACCUCGAGUCGUGCUCUCAUCACAGCUGGGAGAGCCAUCUCGGGGUUUGGCGUGGGUAACUUUUCCGUUACUUCGCCUUUGUACAUGGGAGAGGUUGCGCCAGAGGGGUUGAGAAGUCCACUUCUCAUGUGCUGGCAGCUCGUCUUGUCUAUAUCGCAGAUCAUCGCCGCUGGUAUAAACCGAAGUGUGAUCCACAACGACACCACUUUUGCGUAUCGAUUCCCUAUUGGGUUCCAGCUGAUAUUCCCGCUGGUACUACUGCUUGGUAUCACUUGGUUACCAGAGUCGCCCCGAUGGCUAUUGCGCCGUGGACACCAUGACAAGGCGAUGCGUUCUCUGCGUGUACUUCACCGCGAGGACAAGCAGUACGAUUGCCAAGCCGUGAUGCAAAGUAUCGAAAAAGACUCUACAAAAGAUAACGUCGACGAUGCAGAGAGUGCGUGGAUACAACUCAUAACAGACCCUGUUGAGCGUCGUAAAGUCAUCUACAGCGCCGGCGCUCUGGUCGCUCAGCAAAUCAACGGGAUUCAGUGGUUCUAUUACUUCGGAACCAUCUUCUCCAAGGCAAUUGGCCUGCGAGAUCCAUUCCUCAUGACGCUUAUUGUCUUUAUUAUCCAAGUCUUUGUCGUUCUUGCGGCGGUGCUGCUGGCUAACAAGAUCCCAAGACGGCCUCUUUUGUUGAUCACUACAGGGAUUAUGACUGUGUCUAUCUUUGUGGUUGGGUGUUUGGGAAUCCCUGGUGGACAACCGAGUGAAACAGUCGGCAAGGCUUCUGAAAUGGCAGUUGGAAGAAACCGCAACAAGAUCUACGCCGUGGCCGUUGCUUCAUUCUGGAUCACAGUCUGGGCCACAGUCUUUACUCUGCCCUAUCUGUACUACUCUGCGAACCUCGGUCCCAAGACUGGGUUUGUAUACACAGGUCUCUGCUUCGUCACGCUGACAUAUGUGUACUUUUGCGUUGGUGAAGUCACAGGGCGCAGUAUCGAAGAGAUCAAUGGCUUCUUUCGAGAUGGUAUUCCUGCGCGGCACUGGAAGAAGCAACCGUUUGGUGGUGAAGCACGGAGUCCUCCAGAUGUAAGCGUCGUCGAGGUUCAGGGACAGGAAAAAGUCACUAAUCAUUGA